AUGGCUGAAGUCGGGGAGGACAGUAGCGGGGCCCGGGCCCUGCUGGCGCUGCGCUCGGCGCCCUGCAGCCCGGCCGCGGCGCCCCCUCCCGGGCCGGCGCUGCCGGGCCCCGCCGCCGCCCCGCCGGGCCCGGCCCUGGCCCGCCUGCAGGGCCGCGAGUUCGAGUUCCUCAUGCGGCAGGCGGCGGUCACCAUAGGCCGCAACUCCUCGCAGGGCUCGGUGGACGUGAACAUGGGGCACUCGAGCUUCAUCUCCCGGCGCCACCUGCAGCUCAGCUUCCAGGAGCCGCACUUCUACCUGCGCUGCCUCGGCAAGAACGGCGUCUUCGUGGACGGGGCCUUCCAGCGGCGGGGCGGCCCGGCCCUGCAGCUCCCCCCGCAGUGUACUUUCCGAUUCCCUAGCACAGUCAUAAAGAUCCAAUUCACAUCUUUAUACCAUAAAGACGAAGUGAAGGAGGAAGCUUCAUCACCUCCCCUUCGGCCGCUUUAUCCUCAGAUAUCACCUCUGAAGAUACACAUUCCGGAGCCGGAUCUCCGGAGCUUGGUCAGCCCCCUGCCCUCCCCCACUGGCACUAUCAGUGUUCCCAACUCCUGCCCGGCUAGUCCACGUGGUGCUGGAUCCUCAGGAUAUCGCUUUGUUCAGAACAUUACCUCGGACCUGCAGCUGGCAGCAGAGUACGCAGCGAAAGCAGCAUCAGAGCAGCAGGCAGACGCAUCUGGCAGGGACAGCCCAAAGGAUGAGUCCAAACCACCAUAUUCCUAUGCUCAAUUAAUUGUGCAGGCCAUAUCUUCAGCCCAAGACAGGCAAUUAACACUAAGUGGGAUCUAUGCCCACAUCACCAAGCAUUAUCCAUAUUACAGGACUGCUGACAAAGGCUGGCAGAACUCCAUUCGGCACAACCUCUCCUUGAACCGUUACUUUAUCAAAGUUCCACGCUCCCAGGAGGAGCCCGGAAAGGGCUCCUUUUGGCGAAUCGACCCUGCCUCAGAAGCCAAGCUAGUCGAACAGGCAUUCCGAAAACGGAGACAGAGAGGGGUGUCCUGUUUUCGAACCCCUUUUGGGCCCCUCUCCUCCAGGAGUGCCCCUGCCUCUCCUACUCAUCCCGGCCUGCUGUCCCCUCACUCUAGUGGCCUACAGACUCCAGAGUGCCUGUCCAGGGAGGGCUCACCCAUUCCACAUGAACAUGAUUUUGCAUCAAAGUUAGCCUCUGUUCCAGAGUAUCGAUAUUCACAAAGUGCGCCUGGAUCACCUGUCAGUGCCCAGCCGGUGAUCAUGGCUGUUCCUCCCCGGCCAUCCACUCUAGUGGCAAAGCCGGUAGCUUACAUGCCAAUAGUGACUUCUCAACAGCCUUCUGGUCAUGCAAUCCAUGUAGUGCAGCAAGCUCCCACUGUUACAAUGGUCAGGGUUGUAACUUCCUCCUCAAGCUCCGCUAACGGAUACAUACUGACAAAUCCGGGCCCAGCAGGCGGUGCUCAUGAAGCAACAGGAACAGUGUUGGAUUUGGCUGGUGAUCAUCGAGGUAGUCUGUUUCAUUUCCCUCCCUACUUGACAAAGGAAGAUUUGUCCGGACUUGUAGGGUUUUUCUGCACACCUAUUGCACUCCCUGGGUGUUUAGCCCUUGACAAAAGAGGCAUGGAUGAGAAACCAACAAUUGCGUUUGCCACAAUACCCACUGCCAGUCGAGUCAUCCAAACAGUUGCCAGUCAGAUGGCUCAAGGUGUCCCAGGGCAAACUGUUACCAUCCUUCAGCAGGCAACUCCAGUGACCAUUGGACAACACCAACUACCUGUUCGGGCAGUAACACAAAAUGGGAAGCAUGCCAUCCCCACCAACAGCAUCACCGGCAGUGCUUAUGCUCUCACAAAUCCGCUACAGCUCCUUGCAGCCCAGGCUAGCUCAUCAACUCCCGUUGUGGUCAGCCGGAUAUGCGAGGCAGCGACUGAAGACCCUGCACCACCCUCGGGUGAGCCAGAUGUAAAAAAACCCCGGAUGGAAGAGUCCAGCGGAGCAGUCCAGGCUCAAACUGGAGUCAUCACGUCCACAGCGCCGCAAGGACAGGCAACCAGUGAAUGACGAAUUGGUGGGAGGAUAGUAGGAGUGUAGGUGGGGCAGCGGCAUGAGCCUCGAAAGCAAUUUUUCAAAGAAAAGAAAAACCACAACUGUAACAACAGCUUGAAAUUUAGAGAAUUACGAGCUCUUUUUAAAAUUACAUUUUAAAGGGCAGGUCAACAACAAUUCUUAGAAUUUCGAGAUGCCAAAAAGAAUGAAAAAAAUCCUCCCAACUACCUGUACCUGGAACUCAGUUCUGCCUUUACUUAUGGGAUAU